AGACAGACAGAAGUGAUCCCGGCGAGUCCCGAGUUUCGAGUCAGUUAAGUGUAGUCUGUCCUGGUGGCGCAGUCGCUGUACGAGAGUUGCACCCGAGAAAGUAAAAAAAAGGGGAAAAAUAAGUAGUAGGGGAGAUAAAAAAAUAUAUAACAGACAGAAAAUAUAGAAAACCUCUACCACCCGCCGCGGUAUCAACUCGGUAUCAUCCAAACCAAGAGACGUGCAUCGACGCUGCCCCUGGACCAGGGAAAUAACCGACGGAAAACUUGAUAAUUGUUUCGAAAGCUGUAGUUGUGGGAAACAUCGCGGAGUAAAUAACUUGGUAGAAAAUGAAGCUCUGGUGGAGUCUGAUACUUGUGGUUGGAGUUGCCCUGUCGAUGACAGCAAUUACACGAGCUGAAUCGGAUCUCUGGGAGGAGGAUGACAAGGAGGUACUCGUACGUACUGUUCGGGGCACUAAGGAGCGCACAUCCGGGGGCAGCAACGCCGCACUCUGCAGAUACGUCAAGGGUCAAUGGUCCGAGUGUGAUCCAAAGACUAAUAUGAGAACGCGUACACUUAAUUUGAAAAAGGGCGACAAUAAAACUUGCGAGCAGACCAAGACUAUUCAGAAGAAGUGCAAGAAAGGCGUGGCGGCAAGCGCAGCAUGCAGAUACGAGAAAGGCCCAUUGAGCAGUUGUGUGAACCAGUCGAUGACACGAGUGGACAGUCUGAAGCCAAAUAGCGAUCCAUCAUGUGAGCCAACGCGUCGCGUCACAAAGAGAUGUAAACCGGAGACCAACACAAAAAAAUCGGCGAAAGCUGAGCGAGGAAACAAGAAGAGCGCAAAGCAGUAAAGAGUGAAUCAACAACCAAAUAAGCACCUCCCUGGCAAUUGAACGUUCAACACAAACGGAUCCUUGUCUCCUCGGUGCAAAAAAAUUAAUAAUAAUUUAAACAAUAAAAAAAAACAAUCAGUUAAUUUUCCGAUGAUGAAAUAAAAAAAAACUAUCAGAUAAAAGAUAAUUCAGCGUCCGUGUGAUUGUACAAUAAAUUCGUAUGUUAUCGUUUUAGCUGAAGCAAUAAAACAAAAUGAAUGAAAACUUGUGAACUGAGUCACAAAUUUCCUUGGAGGCUUCAUCAAGUCUGAUUUUAAAAAAAUAGUAAAGACAUUGCUUCCAUAUUUUUCCCCUCGGCUAAUCAACUUUUUGCAAUUGUUGGUGGUUUACAAGAUGUUAAACAUUUAAUGAUGAUGACAAGAUGUUUACAUUUAAUCACUCCAAAGAGCAGAAUAAAAUAGUGAAGAAUAAAAUUGUCUAAAUCUGUGUAAAUCUCUUGAAAUUAAACAAAAAUACAAAAAAAUAAACAGUAUGUACUCGUAAUCGUUCAUUGUUUGAAAAGUAUUAGAAAAAACACUAGUAAGAACCAGGCGAACUACAACGAUUUCAACUGUGACGAGUCCAUUUUAUCUAAUAUUAAAUGAAUAACCGUAAUGAAUAAUAAAUAUGUGUGAGGGACUCGUCGACUGUUAAUUUACACUUGACUAUAAAUUUUCACUAUUUAUAAAUUCCGUGAAGCAUUCAGAGCUAUCGUGGGACCACACCUCCCACGAUGCAUCAGCAAUGAGCACAAAAAUCAAACAAGAAAAAUUAAAAAGAGGAAAUAAUAAUCAAUAUUUCAUCAAAAUCUAAAAAUUGGAUUCAUCCAAUUUUUUAUUAUAAAAUAGUUGAACCUUAAAAUCAAAUAUUUACACAUUUUCCCAUUGAAUUAUUCCGAGAAUUCAAAAAAUUGUACGCCAGGAUCCGUUGGAUUUGAAUAUAUCAAAAUACGAAAAAUCAAAUUUUUCAGAAUGUGAGAAAACAAGAUGUCAACAAAAUCAAAAGAAAACAAAAUAGAUAAAAUUGUGGCGCGUACUCCGGGCUCUCUACACCGCUCGGCAUCAUAUACACCAUAUCAUCGUAAGAUAAAUAAUGAUAAAUAAAAAAUACCUAGGACUAUCAUUUUAGAAAUGAGGUAAAAUAAGAUAGAAUUUAUCUAUUCUGUGGAGCCCUUAUCCCCCUUUUCAAUCAUUGUUUGAAGUCUCCCAAAGUUGGAUAGAUAUCGCUGACCUCUUAGAGAUCCCAACGACCGAUAAAAAGCGUAAACGAACGAAAAUCUCAAAAAAUAUUAACGAUUAAAAAAAACGUAAACUCUCGAUGUUUAAAACUUGCAUUGUAACAUAGCGGAAAUAGCGGAAAAAAACUACACUUAUGCUAUAUGAUUAACUGUUCAUUUUAAUACUCUUUGUUCUCGAAUAAGUAGCAGAGAAGAGAUAAAUAGAAUACCCGUAGCAACUUCCUCACAACUUUUUGACUAAUCCAAUUAUUGGGGAGAAAAAUAAAUUCUCGAAAAAAUUUUAGAAUUGUUAGAUAUGUAUUUCCAUUAUCCUCUGUCCUCCCCAUACUCUGAAUAUACUAUUCGUCAGUUAUUCGAAUUUUCACGUGUAAACUUUUAUAAUCAACUGAAAGAGAAAUGAAAAAGUUAAUAAUUGAAAUUAAUGGCCGAAAAGUUGAAAUUUUUUUUCAACUAAUGAUAAGUAACUCUGUUCGAGAUAGAAAUUUUCAAAUUUUCGGUCUGAAAUUCUCAUACGGUAAUGGUGCUCUGCAUAAAUCAAAGAAAAUCGAGGUAAUUGAAUUGGUUAAAAGGGUGAUAAAUAAAUGAUGAAGUUAAAUGCACAAUUAUUGACCGGAAUUAUCGCCAAUCGAGGGAUUGCUGUACCGAAUGAGAUGGUAAUGCACACGACUAUGAGAAUUGUAAUAAUUAAAUACUGAUUAACUCGUUAA